AUGAUUCACGCACCAGCUCCGUCCUCUGCCGAUCCUACCGGCUUACUCGCUGCCCUUAUGAAGGGCAAGUUCGAGACUGAGCAGCAAUCUCAGCAAACGCAGUCGCUACAGCCCUCAAACAACUGGAACGCCGACCCUCCUCCUAAAGAUACUCAGCGGUAUCUGCUUGAUCUCCUAAACCGGCCCAAACCUAGCCAGAGCGACCAGCCUGUUGAAGCUCCUGCCGAAGUUCCUGCCGAAGUUCCUGCAGUUCCGACUGCCCCUUCUUUCGAUUUUGCUCCCAAGGAUGUCGAGCAACUCAAGUUCGAGCCCGCUCAAUCCAGCCAGAACGGUUCCCCGGCUACGAAAGCAGCUAUGUUUAGUCAUGUUAACCCUUUCGAAGAGCUCAUUGCUUCUGCAUCACCUCAGAACCGAGGCCCCAAGACGUCUGUCACGCCUGGCACUCCCCCGAGCAUACAAGGACAGCCUCCUAUCCAGAUUCUGAAGAAGCCCGGCUCUGCGCAUAGCCCCCUCGAUCACAAGCGUCUGUCAAGUACCAGCAGCCACCUUGAAUCACGUGAGCAUGUGCGUCGCAAGUUCGAUUCGACACCUACUUCGCAGCACUCGAACCCUCCCUACCCUGUCCGCGAGACCGAGGACAAGAAUAAGGAGACUGUUGCCGAAGCAGUCAGUGAUAUUGCGGAUAAGGUGGAUAAAGAGGCCCAGGAAGCACUGACUCGUGCAGAGGAUGAGCAGACGCAGGCUCGAAUCACUCAAGAGCUCAGAGACAUGAUGGCGGCCAAGACGGAUCAAGAGUUCGAAGAAGCCGCUGCUGUUGCAGCCUACGACAUCAAACACGAGCUUGAUAAGGACGAGAAUAGCGACGUCUUGGGCACGACUCUGCAGCCUGACGUAGCGAAGGCUGUUCGCAACAUCGUGGACUCUGCUGCCCAGGGCCCGGUAGCUGAUAGCUGGGAAAGUGCUGAGGCCGAAGAUGAGAUUGUUGUCAUCGAGGAAACUACAAAGCCCAUCAGGGUUUUCAACUUCCCGAUGAAGCCCUGGAUUGCUAUCAAUGUUCAGGACAGUGCCAACGACUCGCGUCCUGUAAUUCGGGACGAGUCUAUCCUCGACAUUGCUAGGCUCAAGAAGGAAUUCGACCAAAUUGAUCGCAACCUGGUAGCUGCAUCCGAGAACUACCUGGCAUACGGCAUGUCCAAAGCCGGCGGCCUUCGUGUUAUCAGACAGGAUGAUGGCCGUGAUGCGAAGCUAUUCUCUGAUACGAAAGAUCGCAUCUUCAACCUCGCCAUCUCUUCUACUCCUGCUGACCAGCACUCGACGGUCAAGGAGACCAUCAUUGGCACGGGCAUCAGCGGCACUGUCUAUUGGGUUCAGAUCAAAGAUGGGGAGAAGGACCACCUGGAAGAUGCUCAUCUGGAGCAGUACGGCUUUGCCCUACCUCCUAGCAGCACCCAGGAAGGCGACGCUCCCGGUGGCGUUCUCAAGACCCGAGCCCGCCCCUCUACAAAUCAUCCCGAGUAUUUUGCCGUUGGGCGCGGCAAGUCGAUCAACAUCGUCUUUCCGUCCUUCGUCCUGCAGCGCAACCUGCUCAAGCCGAGCCAUGACCGCGUCGUCGAUACCGACCGGCUGGCUAAGGAGUGUUCCCUGAAGAUUAAUACUGGAAAGGCUGGUAAGGACUUCACUUUCAGUCAGGAUGAUACUGUCGUGGUUUCUCUGGACAAGUCGGGCCGCGUCAAGUUCUGGGACGUCCGCGAAUUGACGGCUAUGGACGGGAAUGGAUGGCCUGCUUACACGUCUUUGGAGGUGAAAGAGCCUCUGAUGACCUUGACAACGACACCCGAAGGAGAGAAGGCAUGGCCGACUUCCGUGCUGCUGCUGGAUAAGUUUCGACCGUACCAGAAGCGGACUGCGCUGCGCUACCUGAUCGUGGGUAUGAAACAGAACCACACGUUGCAACUAUGGGACCUGGCACUGGGUAAACCGGUCCAGGAGUUCAACCUGCCACACAGCAAAGAGUCCGAUGCCGUCUGCAGCGUUAUGUAUCACCCUGCCUCCGGUAUCAUCGUGGUCGGCCACCCUACGCGAAACUCCAUCUACUUCUUACAUCUCUCAGCCCCUAAGUAUGCGUUGAAGAACAACUCACAGGUGGAUUACAUCCAGAAGCUGGUGGCUCAAGACCCGUCGAUUGCCGUUCCUGACUCUACUGCGGUCAUCAGCGGAAUGAGGGAGUACUCCUUCGCCAACAAGGGUGUCCUGCGCAGCCUGUACCUCCUUCAGCAGCCUGCUUCUGCUGGCGAUGGCGAUGAGGCGACCCUGUUUGAGCUCUACGCCAUGCACUCCAAGGGUGUGGCCUGUCUAUCGAUCAAGGCGCCGGAUCUCGGCUGGGAUAGGGACAACAAGGUUAUGGACCCCGUCAAUGCUAUCGAGGCUGGCGUGGUCGAGAUCGGAAAGCUGAAGCAGCCACCCCCUCAACCUCAGGCCCAGCCCGCCGAGGAAGCAGUCCCCGCACCCCAAGUCCGUCUUGCUGUCCGUCCUAAGGAGCCUGCAGCCGACACUGCGCCUGAGUUGCCAGUCACGCGAAAGGCCAGAGAGGAAGCAUCGCCCUCCAAGCAGAAGGAGAGCAAGGAGGAGGAGCCUGCUGUUCCUGCUGCCGCCGAGAAGACCGAGAAGAGAGGUCGCAAGAAGAAGGCCGCGGCCGAGAAGGCUGCUACACUGGCAGCUGCACUAGCCGAGCACGACCGUGAGACUAGCCAGACUAACGGCACUACACCAAGGGUUGUGGCUACGACCACGCACAAGCCUGCAGAGGCUUCCAAGUCCUCCUUCACAUUCUCGCAAGAAGUGGACAGUCGUAUCAACAGCAUGGAGAAGCGUCUGAUGGACAGUAUCACUGGCUCGAUCCAGUCCGAACUGGUCGGCCUCCGCAAGGCUCUUGACCGCGAUGCGCAGGCUCGCGACAGCAAAUUUGACCGUCGCCAGGACGAGCUUCUCAGCCAGGUGUCUUUGUGUCUUAACGAGAACUGCCAGGACGUGCUCACCAAGAUCGUCCAGGAUGAGCUUGGCGGCCCUAUCACGACGUUGAUCGGCGAUGUCUUGACGGACGCCGUGGUCAAGCAGCUUGACGGCAAGCUUGGCAAUACCGUCGCCCACUCAGUCCAGAGAGAGGUGCAGGAAACCCUGCCGCGUGCGAUGGACCAGGCCCUGCGAAAGCCAGAGCUGGCCAAAGCUGUCAGUGACAAGGUGGUCCGUACCCUCUCUAACAAGAUCGACGAACAGCUGUAUGCAUUACUCGAUGAUAGGAUCAUACCGCGUUUCACCAAGGUCGCAACCGAAGCCGCCAGCGCCUGUGGCAAGGAGGUUUUGGCCAAUGUCACGGCCCAGUUCGAUGCAAUGGAACAGAUCCGCGUGAAAGACGUGCAGAAGUUUGAGCAACUUGUUGCUCUCAGUACCAGCAUGUCGGAGACUCUCAGUACCAUGUCGAGUGCCCAGGCGCGUUUCCAAGAGGAGAUAUUGCGCCUGCAGACCCAACUCGCCCAACAGCGUCAGGUCUCGCCUGCGCAGGCUGGUGGACGACACAUGGGACAAGUUAGCCAGGGACGCGGAGGAAACGGCGCGUACCACAGCCCGUCCCACAGCCAGACUCAAGCUCUGCAGCACCUCGCUGCCCCUGCUGCUCUCCCUCAACAACACUUCCAGAGCCCUCAAGGAUCUGUGGCAGCUAGCCAAUACACCAACCCAUCUCUUGCUGGGGAGCAGGUGGAAUUUCAACAGACGACCCAGGAAAACCGAGAGCGUCUGGAGCUCGAGGAUGUGUGCUCGCGGGUGCGCAAUCAUAUGCAAGCGGGUAAUUACGAUGACGCUGUCAUGACCUGGAUUCAGGAGUCAAAGGAUGGGCAGGCCGUUUGGAACCAGGUGCUUGCGAAAUACGAUCCAGAGUUCAUCCGCAACUUGAACCCCCUCCUCCUGCUGACAGUAGCGGCAACUAUCACGUCGGAGCUAGACAACGCACAGGUGCUGCACAGGCAGCUGGCCUGGACCGAGAUGGUCCUGAUUCAAUUUUACGAGGCUCUGCCGAGGAUUGUAAGUACUGAGGGACAGGUCCGUGAGAUUACCCCGCGGGUCAUGUCUCUGGUCAAGAGCCGCCUCGAGCACGUCUUUGUCCGCCUCAACAUGGCGGUGCCCAACGACCCGGUGCUACGCAACUUGUCCGGCAUGAUUGAUCUCACUCGUAAGAUCAAUGACGCGAUGGGCCGUUCAGGUUCCAUAGCCGGCUCUGCGUACUAAGGAAGAAAGUUGAGAACGGUCACAAGACUACACAGUAUCGGGCUUGGAUGUCUGGUUGGUUGAUUUAUCAUGCGCGAUGAGGAAUCGAAUUGGGAACUUGUACAUACUCUCGUACUUUUAAUAGUGCACACAAAGGUUUUUGGGCAUGGUGGUCACAGUCACCACACCAGGUGGGAUGUAACGGGCUGCGAUGUUUCUCAGCAAGGGUUGUCUUCGCGCAUGGCUGGGCGGGGAGGAUGAUGGACUGGUCUGAUACCCACGAGGUCAUUGACGGGCACGGAACUGGACAGCAAAUAUUCAUACCCACAUACCAAGGAGGUUUCGGAAAAUUGGAAUGAUACUGUUUGGUGAAAAAAGGACC